CAUUUGAGGAUGGCUUCGCCAACGGGGAUGAGCUGUCACCGGCCGAGGAGGCCGCAGCCAAGGAGGCGGCCGAGCCUAAGGGAGCGGUCAAGUUCGGGUGGAUCAAAGGGGUGCUGGUGCGCUGCAUGUUGAACAUUUGGGGCGUGAUGCUCUUCAUCCGCAUGUCAUGGAUCGUGGGCCAGGCGGGAAUUGUUCUCUCCUGUGUGAUCGUUCUCAUGGCAACAGUUGUGACCACCAUCACUGGCCUUUCGACCUCAGCGAUUGCGACUAACGGCUUUGUACGAGGAGGAGGGGCAUAUUAUCUGAUAUCCAGAAGUUUGGGGCCAGAGUUUGGCGGCUCCAUUGGUCUGAUCUUUGCCUUUGCCAACGCUGUGGCUGUCGCCAUGUACGUGGUGGGCUUCGCCGAGACGGUUGUGGAGCUCCUCGGAAGCGUGGAUUGCAUUAUGACAGAUGAGAUCAAUGACAUCCGAAUCAUCGGCACCAUCACCAUCAUCCUUCUCCUGGGUAUCUCCAUGGCAGGAAUGGAAUGGGAAGCUAAGGCUCAGAUAUUCCUGCUGGUCGUUCUGAUUACGGCCAUCUUCAACUACUUCAUUGGCUCCUUCAUCCCACUCAAGUCCAAGGAGUCGCAGGGCUUCUUUGGCUACGACAGUGCGAUUAUGAUGGAGAACAUGGGUCCGGACUUCCGAGGCACAGAGUCGUUUUUCUCCGUCUUUGCCAUCUUCUUCCCUGCAGCCACUGGCAUUCUGGCCGGCGCCAACAUCUCAGGAGAUCUUUCUGACCCACAACUGGCCAUUCCAAGAGGAACACUCUUAGCCAUUCUGAUCACUGGCAUUGUCUACCUGGGGGUUGCCAUUUCUACUGGCUCUUGCAUUGUGAGAGACGCCACAGGAAACGGCAAUGACACACUCGGCGCACAGUUCAUGGCCAACUGCACUGACGCCGCCUGCAAAUUUGGCUAUGACUUCUCCUUCUGCAAGGGUGAUGAUGGUCAGUACAACUGCAGAUACGGACUCCAGAACGACUUCCAGGUCAUGAGCAUCGUGUCCGGGUUCAGCCCCAUCAUCACCGCCGGAAUCUUCUCCGCCACUCUGUCCUCUGCCCUGGCUUCUCUGGUCAGCGCCCCCAAAGUGUUCCAGGCUCUAUGCAAAGACAACAUCUACCCCGGCCUUGAGAUGUUCGCCAAGGGAUAUGGCAAGAACAACGAGCCCCUUCGCGGCUACAUCCUCACCUUUUGCAUCGCUCUGGCCUUCAUCCUCAUUGCCCAGUUGAACGUUAUUGCACCCAUCAUCUCCAACUUCUUCCUGGCCUCCUAUGCUCUCAUCAACUUCUCUGUAUUCCACGCCUCUCUGGCCAACUCUCCAGGGUGGCGCCCCAGCUUCAAGUUCUACAACAUGUGGGUGUCCCUGGCUGGAGCUGUGCUGUGCUGCGUGGUCAUGUUCGUCAUCAAUUGGUGGGCAGCCCUGAUGACCAACGUUAUUGUCAUGGGCCUCUACAUCUACGUGAGCUACAAGAAGCCCGAUGUGAACUGGGGCUCCUCGACCCAGGCUCUAACAUACCAUCAGGCCCUGACCCACAGUCUGCACCUCAGCAGUGUUGAGGACCACAUCAAGAACUUCAGACCCCAGUGCUUGGUGAUGACGGGAUACCCCAACUCCCGUCCGGCUCUGCUCCACCUGGUCCACGCCUUCACCAAGAACGUGGGCCUGAUGAUCUGCGGCCAUGUGCGCACGGGCUCCAGAAGACCCAACUUCAAAGAGCUGUCCAACGACCAGACGCGCUACCAGCGCUGGCUGCUGAAAAACGAGACCAAGGCUUUCUACACCCCUGUGUUUGCCGACGACAUGAGACAGGGCACCCAGUAUCUGUUACAGGCUGCCGGACUGGGUCGCCUGAGGCCCAACACUCUGGUGAUUGGCUACAAGAGUGACUGGAGGGACGGAGACAUGAUGAACGUGGAGACCUACAUCCACAUGAUUCACGAUGCCUUUGACUUCCAGUACGGUUCCGUGGUCUUCAGACUGAAGGAGGGACUAGACGUAUCCCACAUCUCAGAACAAGAUGACCUGCUGUCGUCACAGGAGAAGACGUCAGGAAUGAAGGAUGUGGUGGUGUCCAUCAACAUGAAGGACUCUGACGGAGACUCGUCCAAGCCUUUGUCCAAGGCCACCAGUGUCCAGAACAGCCCAGCCAUGCAGAAAGAUGACGAUGACGAAUGCAAAGCCGCAACGAAGCCCCUAUUGAAAAAAGACAAGAGCCCCCAGAGGUUGAACGUGGCUGACCAGAGGCUGCUGGACGCCAGUCAGCUGUUCAAGAGGAAACAGGGAAAGGGCACCGUGGACGUGUGGUGGCUCUUUGACGAUGGUGGCCUUACCCUGCUCAUCCCCUACCUGCUCACCAACAAGAAGAAGUGGAAGGACUGCAAGAUCCGCGUCUUCAUAGGAGGCAAGAUCAACAGGAUCGACCACGACCGCAGAGCGAUGGCCACCCUGCUCAGCAAGUUCAGGAUAGACUUUUCCGACAUCAACGUACUAGGAGACAUCAACACCAAGCCCAAGAAAGAGAAUGUUACUGCUUUUGAAGAGAUGAUCGAGCCAUACCGGCUGAAGGAGGACGACAUGGAGCAGGAUACGGCGGAGGCACAGAAGGCCAGCGAGCCCUGGAGGAUAACCGACAACGAGCUGGAGCUCUACAGGGCCAAGACUAAUCGUCAGAUCAGACUGAACGAACUGCUGAAGGAGCACUCAAGCACAGCUAACCUCAUUGUCAUGAGCAUGCCCUUGGCCAGAAAGGGAGCAGUGUCCAGUGCUCUCUACAUGUCCUGGCUGGAGACUCUGUCCAAGGAUCUGCCUCCCCUCCUCCUGGUGCGCGGAAACCACCAGAGCGUCCUCACCUUCUACUCAUAAACACACACAUGUUGCCUUUGGGACCUCCCAUCCCUACCCCAGCCCUAACUAAGACACGCACACAUAUUCUUCAAUGAAGGUAGAAAUGGUAGCAAUUGAUGAUAAUAUUAAUAAUGAUAAAGUAUAUGGUGUUGCUGUGGACAUCCAGCCUCUUACACUACAUGAUCAAAAGUAUGUGCUCGUCAAACAUCUCAUUCCAAAAUCAUGGACAUUAAAAUACAGUUGGUACCCCCCUUUGCUGCUACAACAGCCUCCACUCUUCUGGGAAGACU